UGGGAGAGCCUCAGUGCGCUUCGAAAUAACGCCCGUCAACAUACGCCGAGAGAGGCGCUACUUGGCUCUUGACUUUUUUUUGGUUUCUUUCCGUUUUGUCCACGAUGAGCACCGCGGCUUCAGAGACUGUAUUUCUUUCCGCUCUACAGCCAAACAACUCGGUAACCACCUAUGGACUCCCGUCCGACAUCCAGCUCGGGAGCGGCGCCUCGGUCUCGGACGAGAUGUCCAGGGUCCGGAGGGUCCAGCAGCAGGUUCAAAUGCGGCUAGCCGAGAAGUCCACACUUCCGCGUCACAAUGGCUCCACUUCUGCCUACGCCAUGUCAGACUAUGGCGGAUCUUCCACUUUGAAGUAUCAGACUUACAACCCGGGUUACAGCUCCAAAUCGUCCUACAUGUAUACAGGCUCCAAAACCAUGACUCCACAGAUAUCACAGAGGUCCUCCGGCUUUAGCUCUCUCUCAGCUGGCCCAGACAUGGCCCAGCUCCAUAGGAUCAGUGUCGGUGGCGGAGGAGUUGGAGGCGGUGGCGGUUAUUACAGAGAAGACGUCCACAUGGGCACCUACCAAGGGAACCGGAACCAGAUCCGCAUGGAACCAGACCUCGUCUCCAUGCAUGCGAUGAGACAGCAGACACUGCCUGCGAAUUCCUGGAUGGCGGAUGGCAGCGAUGCUGCGAGCUUGAUGUCUGACCGCGAUGCCACCUUCAACCGCCAAUAUGUCCAGACCAAUGGCUACACCAGCCAGGUGAGGCAAGGAGGAGGCUCCAUGGCCUAUCAGGCGCCCAUGCGGCGAUCACACAGCGGCACUAUCUCGCGUGGCACAGGAAUGGCAGGAGGACAGGUGGAGAUGGUCCAGCAAUCCUUCAAAGGCCCAGCGUAUCGCACCCUCAACAGGAUUAACAACCGAAACCGGAUGAGCAUGGGCUCCAUGUCGGGGACCCUGCAGCGGCACAUGUCUACUGGAUCCGGCAUGUAUGUAGGCGGAGUGGACAAAGUGGACAUGGGCUUCAUAGGGCCAGGAGUAUCCUCCGCUUCUCAGGGGAACUUGCAUGCCAUGCAGCAGCGUCACGGUAGCAUUUCCCGGGCCAUGUCAGUCAAAAGCAUGCAGAGUGUGGGACGGGGGGCUGACAUAUUUAACGGGCAGAUGGGGAUCGGAAGCAUGGGAAACCUCAGUGGCAUCACCUCUUUGGACAUGGCCACAGCUGUGCAGUACCUGAGAGAACCAGACCACGAUUUGCAAGUCCUGGGUGCAGCUUACAUUCAGCACGAGUGUUACAAUGACAGCGAUGCCAAACAUGAGGUGCGUCAGUGCAAGGGCAUCAGUGAGCUGGUGAAGCUCUUCAAUGCCGAAAACCAGGAAGUGCAACGCUAUGCCACUGGUGCCACGCGCAACCUCAUCUAUGAGAACAUGGAGAACAAGGUGGCCCUGAUCGAGGAGGGGGGCAUCCCCCAGCUGGUGGAGGCGCUUAAGGAGCCAGACGACGAGCUCCAAAAGAACAUUACUGGUAUAUUGUGGAACCUUUCAUCCAAAGACACUUUGAAGGAGAAGCUGGCCCGGGAGAUUCUUCCGGAUCUGACCGACAGGAUCCUCAUCCCUCUGUCGGCCAGCGAUGAAUCAGAGGGCGUCAGACAGUCCGCUUCCGAGGCUGAAAUCUUCUACAACACCACCGGCUGCCUCAGGAAUCUGAGCUCAGUGAAUGAGAAGACUCGUCAGCAGAUGAGACAAACCCACGGCCUGGUGGACUCUUUGGUGAGCUACAUCAGAGCCUCAUUAGACGAGAGCAAGGCGGAGGACAAGGGGGUGGAAAAUGCAGUGUGUGUCUUGAGGAACCUCUCCUACCAGCUCUACAGCGAGAUACCGCCAUCCGCUCUGCUUCGCCUGGAGGGGCCGAGCCGAGCUGAGGACUCCGGGAAGGGAGAAGCCAUUGGCUGCUUCACGCCUCAGAGCAGGAAGGCCAAAAAUAGCAUGAACCAGGAUGUCUCCACGUUCACCGAGGUGGCCCGGGUGCCAAAGGGGAUGGAUUGGUUGUGGCACCCACAGAUAGUGGGGAUCUACAACCGGGUCCUGCAGCUGUGCGAGAUCAACUCCACCACCCGUGAGGCAGCGGCAGGAGCGCUGCAGAACAUCACGGCUGGAGACAAGAGGUGGGCAGCAGUGCUGAGUCGCGUGGCCAUGGACCAGGAGCGCAUGUUGCCUGUUCUGCUCGACCUAUUGCGCACGAACAAUGACCUCGAGCUGCGUUCCAUCACUGGCUUUCUCCGAAAUCUGUCCCGCCAUGCCAAGGAUAAGAAUUACAUGGCCACAAAGGUGGUCAACAACCUGGUGGCCAAGCUGCCAGCCGACGGCCACCAGAAGGAGCCGUCAAGCGACGUGGUGGUCAACAUUUGUGGAAUCCUCAAUAAUUUGGUGACGUCCAGCUCUGUCGCCGCUAGGGACGUGUGCUUCUUUGACGGCCUGCCCAAACUGGUCGGCAUUAAGAAUUUGCAUGACUGCAGUUCCGGAAAGAUAAGAGCAGCCAAAGCAGCCGCCACCGUGCUCAGCAACAUGUUCCAGUACAAGAAACUACACAAAGACUACAAGCAGAAAGGGUUUACAAGACCAGACUUUGCAGACAUGACCAUCUAAAAUUAAGGCACCCUUUCGAAGAAGUUUGAUCAGUCCUGCACCCCACCAGCAACCGACGGAAGAAGUCUUCUCUCGCUGACUGACUACCUUUUAAAGCCAUUCCAAGAUAACCCAGGCUCCAUUUUUUUUUAUCUGCUAGAAAGUAUGUGAUGAUAACGCUCAAUGGAUGUGAGAGUGGAAAAGGGACCUGAGCAUGUCUGACUGUUGCGAACCAAAAAUGGGAGCACUGUAUUUUAGUGUUGUUAGUGUGUCAUCAGGGAUAUGUUUUUGUACAAGCAGAUGAAAGUGUUCCUGCUGUGUAAAUAAGCAUUAUCAUAGAAACUAAUGUGGUACUUACACAGCAUCUUUGUAUAUAUUGCUUUUUGUUCUACUUAAACAUAUUAUGUUUUAUACACUGUAGAUUAUAGCAAUAAUAAUAAUGUGUAGCAAUGAUUUUAAAACAAUUAAUGUAACUGAAUGUAAUCCAGAGAUAACUCAUGGAGUUUUGUCUGCUUGUUUAUAGCUGUAAUGGGAUAUUGGUGUGCUUUCUUUUUAAGUCACAUGUGAAGUGUUAUGUUAUAUUCCUUUUCAAUCACACUUUCAAUUUUGAAAAAGGCUGUACCUGUAGAGAAAGAGAGAGUGUGUGUGUGUGUGUGUGUGUGAUUAUGAAAGCAGUGGUGAAAGAAUGCAGUCCUAACUAGUUUUCAUGUGUUUGUUUAGUCAUCAAGGUUUUUAUUUUUGUCAACGGUCCAUGUCACAAUUUUGAUUUCCACUAUAGGUUUGAUUUUCCUCCAAUGACAUGCAUUAUUUGACAGCGAUGUGUCAAUGUUGUAUUUUAAAAAGCUGUUUUUUUUUGUUCCUUAGCAUAUGUCAUAUACAUGCUGCUAUAUCCUCUGAUUGAAUAAAGAAACAGAUCUAACGUG